AUGGAGUACAUGGUCUUGGUGCCGCUCCACGGCUCCAACAAGAUCCCCACGUACGGCUCUCGCCUGCUUCUGCCUGACUCUCUUUAUACUUUCGUCGAGAACAGUGUGCUGGGCCAACUCACCAAGCAGUGGGAAACCAUGGGCCUCACUGAGCUUCGUCGACGGCAAAAACGCAUGCGUGACAGAUGGCAAUACUUCGGACCUUUCCUGGUCUGGUGGGACGGCUGGCUGCUUCUGGAAGGAGACAGACGUCUCCGUAUCCUGGAUGAUGCCCUGCGUUUUGAUCGCUCUUUCGGACUGGCAAUCCUUGAGGCGGUCUAUCGACGACAAAGUGGCCCACUCGAUUCGCUGGAUUGA